UGUGUGUGAGGAUGAUGUGGUGCGUUCAAUGCCUCAGGCACUUGCCCCUGCACUCUGCUGGAGCGUAACGCACGGCGCUGAGCUGAGGGGCGCAUCCAGCCGCUCUGCACACACACUGUAGGGGCUGGGAGAAGAAGAAGAGGAAGAAGAAGAAGAUGUCAGUGGCAGAGAAGAAAGCAAUAAGCGCUACAGCCGAGUCUAGGAAAUGCGCUGGACGUCUCUGGAGGCUCUUUCCUCACCUGCUGCUAUGUCUGUCUCUGGUCGCCUACGCUGCGCUGGGUGCGCUCAUCUUCCAGUACAUAGAAGGAAAAAGCGAGCCCAGCAACCAGAAGAAGUACCAUGAGUUCCUGGGUCAGAUUAUCACCACCGUGCAGAACCUCACCGGCAACUACUCUUACACUGAUAAAGACAUACUGUGGAAAGUAGAGCGUAAGAUGAGAGAUGAUUUCCAGUCCAUAUGGCUCCAGAGACCUGACAGGUGGAACUUCUUCGGCUCCCUGUUCUUCUGCUGCACUGUAUUCACCACGGUUGGGUAUGGGGAGAUCUAUCCAGUUACCCUGUCUGGUAAGGUGGUAUGCAUUUUGUAUGCCAUGGUGGGCAUCCCUCUUAUGCUCCUGGUCAUCCUCGAUGUGGGAGACUUCCUUGCCAUGCUUAUGUCCAGAGCCUACGUACGCAUUCACAGUCUCUGCAAAAUGCUCUUCUCCCACACCUGGUCGCCGCUGAAGUCUCGUAAGAGGGCAGCGGAGUCCAAGCACUGGGCCCUGAAUGAUGGUACCUUCGUUUUUAGCCACGACGUUGUUAUCCGUGAACCCCUUGACAUCCGGGAGGUGCUGCGCAGCCAGGAAGACGUGCGGCAUAAGUCAAUCCAGCUCCAAAACAACAAAGAGAUCUUCGAGAAGAUUCUUGCCAGGGAUAAUUUACUCAGAAAGGGCCCACUGCUCAGGACCUUCUCCUGUCCAGAGCUGAACCGGCUGCCACCACCACCCAAAGGAUAUGUCAUAUGGGACUUCUCAGGGUUAGGGGAUGGGAUGGAAAUGCUGGAUGUUCCCUUUGUGCUGAUUCUUUUAGUUGUGUUUGCCUACAUUUCCUUUGUAGGUUGGAUCCUGCCGUAUUGGGAAACUCAAUUCAAGGGCUUUGACCCCUACUACUUCUGCUUUAUCACACUCACAACCAUAGGUUUUGGCGACAUUGUACCCCAUCACCCCAAGUACUUUAUGCUUACCUCACUCUUCAUCAUUGCCGGCAUGGCCAUCAUGUCCAUGGCUUUUAAGCUGGGCCAAACACGAAUUGUAAGCUGCUACCGCCAGUGCAUAAAGUUCAUCAGCAGGGGAAAUGUGGAGACUUUCAGAGAUAAAGAGAAUGACUAAGUCAUCAUGAGAAUAUCUGCCUCAUGUCCAUGAGUUGAACAGGCUCACAGUCCUGGCUUUGAAACUAAACGGGACUCCUUUGGGAAGGCGUGCAGUGAAUGAAUUUGUUGUGCUGGUUGUUUGGCUAGAAGCAUGAGCAAAAUCUAAAAUGUGCAUGUGCCAAACGCUUUUUCCCAGUGAAGGAGGGUGAUAUUCAAAAUGAUUCCAAUAAGAGAAACUUCAAACUCUGCAUAUCUACAUAGAUACAGCAUCGUGCCAAGGAAUCACUUUAGUUGCACUGCGUUAAUGCUGUUAAAACUGCUACAGAGGAAGGACACAUUAGUGGGUUUGCUUAGUAGUCAGACUCGGAAUCCUGGAACACUGUGUCAGGAAAAUAGUUUUGUUUGUUCUGUUAAACUUCACUUUAUAACAUGAUGUCAAAUUAACUUGGCUCCCCACACAGUCGGCUAAUGGUACAUUUUCUAAAUCAUAUUUCUUCCUUGCAUUUGAGUUCAUUCUCUGCAAUGAUGCAUUUACUGCAAUGACUAUAAAACAGAAAGAUAAAAGAUUAAAAAGCUUUUUAACUAAGUGGUAAAUAGUAGGAGCUUCUCAUACAAGAGACAUCACAUCUGAUUCUGGAAAGAAGUAUGUGGAGUUGGAAGGCCGGCCUUUGUUGAUGUAUUAUGUUGGAGCCUGCUUUUCAGGUGUAUUUGACACUUUUUUUUUACACUGCAUUUUUGGUGUAAAAAAAACCAAUCAAUUCUAGGUGCAUUGGCAUUGGCUGGAAGGUUUUCCAUAUUCUAAAUCUGUGUGUAGGAACUGUCCAUACGUUACAGAAUGAGUUAUUAUUCCUUCUUACCCUUAUGCUUCUCAUCAUUUACACACAGGCCUGAGCCAUUUAUGGUCGUGUGCCUCCCACUGAAAGUUCCCAAAGUUUGAAUGUAAUUACUUACAUGUGGUAUCACACAAGAAAGAUAAAGAAAAAACAUAUCACAGACCGGGAGGUUCAGAUACGAUGUCUGAAAUGAAACGAAAUGAUGCUGUGUAAAAACAUAAACAUUUAAUUCAGUACUAUUAAAAGAGUACAAUUGGUUUUCAUUUGCUACUUUAUAAUAAUAUGAUCAAAUUAAUUUGUACAGCACUUUUCAAAGUACAGUUAAAAAUGCUUUACAUGUUGAAACAGGGCUCAAAUAUUUUAGAACUAAGGCAAAUACAAUUAGGCAAUAAGAAAUGUAGUAAAAGAUUUUUAAUACAGCAUUAAAACGAUAAUAAAAUAAUAAAUCAGACAUGUAGGUAAUAAAAGGGAGUACUAGGAUUUAUAAAAGGCAUUUUUAAAAGAUGUGUUUUAUGAAAUGAUUUAAAAAGUGUCACACUAAAAGCCUCAGAUCCUCGGGCAGGGAGUACCAGAGCUGAGUCUUGACUGCAAAAGCCUGUUCACCUUUAGUCUUGAGCCAAGACGUUAGAGCAGCCAGCAGAGCCCUGCCAGAGGAUCUGAGGCUCUGCUCCACUAAUAGCAGAGCAGCCAUUCAGCCAUGCAUCUGGAGGCUGAGCCAUGAAUUGCUGGAUACGAGAUUAGUAAAACGUUAAAAUCCGUUGUAAAACUGACAGUUAAGCGGUGAGAGAGGCUUGAACUCGGGUGAUGUGGUCUUGUUUUGUAGCUGAGCAGCUGAAGAUGUGAUACUUUUACGGCUAAGCCCUGAAAACAAUGAAUUGCAGUAAUCUAGUUUGGAUGAAAUGAAAGCAUGGCAGAUGUUCCUCGAUCAACUUUAGAAAAAAUUACUGAACUGUGAAUUGUUUGUGAUUUGAUUUCCAAGAGAGAGGUGUGUCAUAUAUCAGACUCAGGCCUCUGGUGGCAGGUUCAUUAUUUGCAGACAAGGGAUGGGAUGUUUCUGCCAAGACAAUGAUUUCAGAUUUGUGCUAACAGUAUUUAUACUUAUUUUAAGUGGGUUGAUAACAUAAGCGAUACAAAACAAUAACAAUGCGGACUCGUCAUCGUCAGUAACACAUCGUCUAGAGCAGUGGUUCUCAAAUGGGGGUACGUGUACCCCUGGGGGUAUGUGAAGGUACUCCAGGGGGUACGUGAGAUUUUUUUUAAAUAUAUUUAAAACUAGCAUCCAUUCAAAAAUCCUUUCAAAAUUGUUAUUUAAUAAAUAUUCAAUAAAAUAUAAGUGUUUAAUAAAUCAGAUACUGAUGGCACAGCGCUGUGUGUUACAUCUUUUUUUCAACCAAAAAUACUUUGCGCUGGUUAGGGGGUACUUGGCUGAAAAAAUAUUUCACAGGGGGAACAUCACUGAAAAAAGGUUGAGAACCACUGAUCUAGAGCACAGCACAUGCUCAGUGAUCAGGGAUGAGAGAAACCAGACACAUUUUGAUGCAGUUUCCAUCCUGAAGACAUGAUUAUUAAAACAAUAAAAAUGUAUAUCCAUAUCUUCAGUAAAGAAAGUUACUUACUUUACAGCUAUUCGGGUUAGCUGUUAGUUGUUCGGGUUGCCCACUGUUACACAUCCACAAAGUCAGCAGGGGUCCUAAAUAUAUGAACAUCCUCAAACAAUAUGAAAUGAAUGUUUACAAAGGUUUGAAUAUAAAACUGUGCACACGUAUGGUUAAUGAAUGAGCUUACACUUGUGUUUACAGUAGAGGAGGCUGCAGCAGAUUUUAUCAGUAUUGUGUUGAGCAGCUGAUACUUUAAUUAGAUUUCUUCCAACAAAAUAGUAUAUAGCUUUUAGGUGUAUGUAAAGUAUAUGAUAAUAUAAUAUUUAUAUUGCAGACCGCUGAGCACUAUUCACAGUUUUGUGGAGUGGACCUGAGAGGGCAACAAACACAUAAAACACAUGCAAAUAUACAAAAGCGCAUUCACAGCAUUUAGAGGAAAAAGCUGCAAAGUUAGGAAAACAAACAAACAAACAAACAAAAAAGAGCUGCACCAGAAUAAUGCGAACAAAAAUAGAAGUAAUUCAAAUAUUGAACCCAACUGAAGGUAACGUGGUUUUUGGUCACUUGGGGGCAGUGGAAGCAAAUCUGACAGUGAUGACAUUAUCAGUCUAUGAGAUCGAUAUGCUGUAAUAGCUGCUGAUAGCACAACUCAAUGAAAAGUGACACUGUGAGAACAAUGAGGGUGAAACCAAACACUUGAGUUGUUCAUACAGAUUUACAUAAUGGUCCUGACAAAGCUAAAGAGGCUGUGGUGCCCUCAGAGUAGUUUCUCAAUAUUUCAUGGUUAUGUUAAUAACUCAUAAGCAAAUAAUUCGACAAAUAUUAAAAUUAUAGCAUGUAUAAAGUGGAGACAAAAAGCAGGGGCAUCCUUAUCAGGCCUGCAAAGCUUACAUUGAGGAGAAUGGAGGAUAUGGGCCCUGAGAGCAGGGCCAAACUUUGCUUUGUGCUGAAUCACCUUUCUUGAGUUGCCACAGUCACUAGGCCACACGAAGCUGAAGUAUGAGGACAUGCACACAGUUUUAUUUGUCAAAGUUCACAUGGUCAUAUACAUGUUGUACUCUUUCUCUAAAAUCUGAUUUUAUUUUGUUUUUGCAACUGUAUGCUGUCUAUGAGCUGUUACUGAGCAUGUCUCAAAAUCUUUCUUUGAAUCAUAUGAAAAGAUCUAUUUUGUCAUUUGCAUUUCUUAGUAACUUUGAUGUGCACACACAUUUAUAAAUCAUAAUUGAUAUUGAUUAUUGGUGAAUAUCGAUAUGCUGUAUUAUUAUAGUGUGGUCUGAUUUUAAUAAAAGUCAUUUAAAUUGCUUGCA